AUGCCGGACGGGGAAUAUGUGUCGACCAACUCGCAUAGGGAGAGCAACUCCGACAUGACGGCAUCGGUUGACGUGACGGCAUCGGUUGACGUGACGGCAUCGGUUGACGUGACGGCAUCGGUUGACGUGACGGCAUCGGUUGACGUGACGGCAUCGGUUGACGUGACGGCAUCGGUUGACAUGACGGCAUCGGUUGACAUGACAGCAGCGUCUUCUUCUGCGUACACUGAACCGGGCAGCCUCUACUCCUAUAUGGAAGUGGCCACUUAUGCCCCUGAUAGUGAUCUUUAUCAGAGCGGACAGGGACAGUUUGGUUAUGGAAUGAAUAUGCCUGAUACCGGACAGUUUGAUGUAUCUCAACUGCUUUCGUCUCAGGUUGCAGAGGAGCACUAUCCCUUGACCACGAAUAACCAGGUCGGGGGGACCUCUGCCUCGCCUCCUCAUGCAGAGCCCCAGGUUCAGCCUGCAGACCACAGGCCAACGUCCACUGCUGCCACUUAUCAGCAGGUUGGCCUCUGGACUGACAAUCAGUCACCACGACCCGAGAGCAUUCUUCAGUCUCAUCGUUCGAGCAGAAGCCACCACUACAGUUCUAGGUCCAACAGGUCCCGAGACUGA